AGCCCAGGCGGAUCUCAAAGUCACAGCAUCCUCCUGCCUCAGUAUUUGUUGAAUAUGUGAAUGUCCCUGGUAUGAUAAGGAAACCUGAGACUGCACACACACACUAAAGAAAUUUCCCCAAGAACAAGAACUCCAGUUCUGUGAAAACAGAGACCUAAAAUCCCAUACCCCACCCCCAACCCCUCCUGAGAAUGGGUUUCUCUGUGUAUCCCUGGUUGUCCUGAAACUCACUCUGUUGAUCUGGUUGGCCUCAAACUCUUGAGAUUCGCUUGUCUGCCUCCAGAAUGCUGGGAUUAAAUUCGUGCUUCAGAGGCCUAGAAUCUUUUCAACAAAACCUCCAGCUCGAAGCCACGAAGCCACGUGUAGUGGUGCACCCUUUGAUCCAGUACUGGGGAGGAGGAGGCAAGUGGAUCCCUGUGAGUUUGAAGCCCAGCAUAGUUUCCAGUGAGAGCUGUAGGCCAGCCAGGUUACACCAGUAAGACCCUGUCUCAAAAACAAACACUCCAGCCCAACCACAACAGAUAUUUUCCUUUUUUUUUUUGUACUUUCACAACAGGUGUUUUCCACCUGAAAUUCACAUCUUCGUUGGCUCCGCAGCAAGGUCCUCUAGGACCCCGAGUUCCUUUCUCUUUCUUUAUGAAUGAACAGGCUCACGUCUACGCAUGUGCAGCUCCCAAAGAUCCCGCUCCACGUGAGGCCCACCCUUCCCUCCCUGUGGGUGACUCCGCCCUCCCCCAUUCUAAUAGACCAAUGGGGAGCAGCAUGUGGGGCGGAGCCGGGAGCCGCCCGGCUAGGUAUCCCGCUCCUCUUGUCCCCUCCCCUGCCCCCCCCCCCCCCGCGCUGGGCUCCCCUGCGUACAGCCGCUGUGUUGUGAUCACGUGGGCUGCCCGGGGCGCGCGGCUUGUUUUGGUUUUUCCUUGCGUUUGCCGGGUGAGCUCCGGUGAGCUACUGUCCUUCCCCGUGUCCACCCAGGCCUGCACCUCGGCUGAUCUUUGGGCUCCCUCAGCCCGCACUCUGACGAGCCCCGCGGGGCGGCGUCCUGUCAUGCCGCUAGUGCGCUACAGGAAGGUGGCCAUCCUGGGGUACCGCUCCGUAGGGAAGACAUCUUUGGCACAUCAAUUUGUGGAAGGGGAGUUCCUGAAAGGCUACGAUCCUACAGUGGAGAAUACUUACAGCAAGACAGUGACUCUUGGCAAAGAUGAGUUUCACCUACAUCUAGUGGACACAGCAGGGCAGGAUAAGUACAGCAUUCUGCCCUAUUCCUUCAUCAUUGGGGUCCAUGGUUACGUGCUUGUGUACAACGUUACCUCCCUGCGCAGCUUCCAAAUCGUUAAGAACCUGUACCAAAAGCUACAGGAAGGCCAUGGUAAAACUCGACUGCCAGUGCUGCUUGUGGGGAACAAGGCAGAUCUCUCUGCAGACAGAGAGGUGCAGGCAGUUGAAGGGAAGAAGCUAGCAGAGUCCUGGGGUGCAACAUUUAUGGAGUCAUCUGCACGGGAUAAUCAGGUGCUAGUCAUCCAGGAGAUUGCCCGUGUGGAGAAUUCUUAUGGACAAGACCGCCGAUGCUGUCUUAUGUGAACUCUUGGCAUGGAAUAACUGCCCUGUUUCGGCCACAGGCAUUGACCAACCUGCAGCAGUGGGGUCGACCCUCAGGACUUAAGUACUAGGGUUGCCAACUAUGUCCUUACUCCUCUGGGCACACAGUAGGGGACCCUUAUUUUUGCACACUCAUCCCAGGUUCUGGUAACCUGGAUGUUAAUGUUUACAAAGGGGCAAAACGUCUCAGGGACACUGGCUUCUAACUCCUUGUUUUCCUAAACGAAUUUUUAUAGUCUGUACAGUUGGGAUGAGUCUUGGGCAUUGAUUACCGAGGAUCUGCCCUCCUGGGUAUAUUUUGGGUGUUGGUUGGGUAAGGGUGUUGGUCACUUGGCAGUUCAGAAGUAGAACUGUCCGGGCUGGGGAUUUAGCUCAGUGGUAGAGCGCUUACCUAGGAAGCGCAAGGUCCUGGGUUCGGUACCCAGCUCCGAAAAAAAGAACCAAAAAAAAAAAAAAAAAGAAGUAGAACUGUCUACUGGGGUAACUGUAUAUUUCCAAAUAAACUGAGAAAUCUUU